UUACUGACUGCGAUCGAAUCGGAGAGCGACACUGGAAGCCAUUCUGCGUACAAGUACAAGAUUUCCAUUGCGAGAAGCUGAAAGCAUUUUUGUUGACAACAAGCAGCAAAAAUGUCGAUGUCAAAAACUACGAACACGUAUAAUCGGCAGAACUGGGAAGAUGCUGAAUUUCCAAUUUUGUGUCAGACGUGCUUAGGAGAUAAUCCAUACAUACGAAUGACAAAAGAAAAGUAUGGUAAGGAAUGCAAAAUUUGUGUGCGUCCCUUCACUGUAUUUCGCUGGUGUCCCGGAGCCAGAAUGCGCUUCAAGAAAACUGAAGUCUGCCAGACCUGCAGUCGUCUAAAAAACGUCUGUCAAACCUGUCUAUUAGAUUUGGAGUACGGACUACCCAUUCAAGUGAGGGAUGCUGCAUUAAAAAUUAAAGACGAUAUACCACGUUCCGAUGUAAAUAAGGAAUACUAUGUGCAAAAUAUCGAUAACGAAAUAAGUAAGAAUGACCCUACAACACCAGCUGGCGCUGUUGGAAAAUCUGCUGCUGCAAGUGACUUGUUGAUGAAGCUUGCAAGAACAAGCCCUUAUUAUAAAAGAAAUAGACCACACAUUUGUUCCUUCUGGGUGAAAGGAGAAUGUAAACGAGGAGAAGAAUGUCCAUAUCGGCAUGAGAAGCCAACAGAUCCUGAUGAUCCUCUGGCAGAUCAAAAUAUUAAAGAUCGUUAUUACGGUUUCAAUGAUCCAGUUGCAGACAAGCUAAUGAGAAGAGCAGCUGCAAUGCCUAAGCUGGAACCACCAGAGGACACCUCUAUAACUACUCUGUACAUAGGCAAUAUAGGAGAAGUAUUGACAGAAAAAACUCUACGAGAUCACUUUUAUCAGUAUGGUGAAAUUAGAUCUGUGACAAUGGUGGCCAAAAAUCAAUGUGCCUUUAUUGAAUACACAAAUCGAAGUGCAGCCGAGCUAGCUGCUGAAAGGACAUUCAAUAAACUGAUACUUGGUGGCAGACGUCUAAACAUUAAAUGGGGACGUUCUCAAGGUCGGCAGACUAUUUCUGCAGCUGAAGGAGUUAGAGAAAUCCUGGAACCAGUGCCAGGACUACCAGGUGCUCUUCCACCACCUCCAGAGAGCGUUGGAAAUAAUUUCUUCAACCUGCCAGGUAUGAUGCCUGCACCGCCAAUGAUUCCACCUCCACCAAUGCCACCAGCAGCAUUCUUGUUUGGGCCACCAGCUGCUGCACCUAUUUUCCCACCAGGUACUGCACCCACUGGUAUACAUUAUCCUAGUCAGGAUCCGUCUAGGAUGGGGGCCUCACAGGGAAUAGGAAAACCUUGGCCAGAGGAAAAUUAGGCCAAUUGUUUAAAGACUAUGUAUGUGAAUGCGUAUAAUGUAUAUAAUCAUUUUUUUUUUUACAUUUAAGGGUAUUAGAAAUAAAUUCUGUAUUUUAAAAUCAUAAAAGAUCUGUUAUUACUCAAUGUUGAUUCAGCUGUUGUAUUCACAUGGUUUUAGAUAGUAUAUUAUUAAUUUAUACCUUGAUAAGGAUUUCAGAUUGCUUAUACAGCUAUUACUUAAUAGCAAUAUUGCUUUUCAAAUGUUAACAAGUAUUAAUAAUAAAUAACUUUAUUAAUAAUA